AAAAAAAUAAAACGUCGAUAAUUAAUUUAAUAGGGAUAGCAGAUUACGGAGGAAAUGGGAAAGAAAAAUAAUUUACAUGAAAGUUAAGCCGAAUUACAUUCUGAGCAAUUUGUUUAUAUUCAUCGCCUACCAGUCAUGAAAUAAUUUAGACAGAAUGGGAAUGGGAAUAUACCGGAGUAAAUUGUAAAUAAGUUAUAUGAAAAUGAGUAGAUAGACAUUGGUUUGAAACAUUCAGACUAUAGAUAAUAUGGAUCUUGUAACAAGAACAAGUCUUGAAGCUCUUCUUUUGAAGGCUACCAGUUCUUCAAAUCAAAAUAUAGAUACAGCUGCAGUAGAAGCUUUUUGCACCCUAAUCAACAAGGAAAGAGAUGGAGCUUACAUUGGUUCCAUAGUUAUAGCUAAUAGAUUGCACUGUGGUGUAGAAAAGGAAGUAAUGCAGACUCUAAAUGUUCUUGACAACUGCAUGAGUAGAUGUGGCACUCAUUUUCAGUCAGAAAUAGGAAAAUUUAGAUUCCUGAAUGAAAUGAUAAAAUUAGUUUCACCAAAAUACCUUGGUUGUCAAACUCCAAUUGUUGUGAAACAAAAAGUAUUGCAGUUACUUUAUGUAUGGACAAUUGACUUCCCUAAAGAAACAAAAAUUAAGGAAGCCUAUGAUAUGUUGAGGAAGCAGGGUGUUAUUAAGGAAAUUCCUAAUCCGAACAUAGCUAUGGGAGCUGAAAACAUACCUAAGAAAAGAGUUAAUUCUAUUUUCAAUGAUUCAGAAAAAUCAAAGUUGUUGCAAAAGCUUCUACAGAGUAAAGACCCCGAGGAUAUACAAGCUGCUAAUUGGCUCAUAAAAAGUAUGGUGAAAGAGGAUGAAAAGAGAGUAGAGCUAAAAAGUCGUAGGGCAGUGGAGUUAGAAGCUGCACAAAAUAAUAUCAGACUCUUAAAUGAAAUGCUUGAUUCCUAUAUAGCUGAGACAACUUCCGAAGAUGAGAUGGAUCUCAUCAAAGAACUUUAUCAGAGUUGUGAAAGGUUGCAACCCAAUCUCGCAAAGUUAGCAACUGAAACUUCUCAAAACGAUGAUAUUCUAGGUGAUAUCUUACAAGUGAAUGAUGAAUUAACCCAGGUAUUUUCUAAGUAUAAAUUAAUAAUAAUUGGGGGAAAGUCUUUAGGUAAUGUUUCAUCUGAGAAAACUGCGGAUAAUGAUUUGUCCUUAUUGAACUUUGAUUUAAUCUCCAAUGAAAAAAAUUGUUCUACUGAAACUUGCACAACUAAUUCUAUAGAGACAGCCAAAUCUAACAUAGAUGUUUUAUCUGACUUAUUUGAUACUCCCAACAUUCCGGAUGCAAAUGUACUUAAACCUAUACAACUUACAACAGAAAGAAAAGGAGUUAGUGAGAAUAAAUAUAAAGCUCUAGAUGACUUGGACAUUUUGAAAGAGCAUUUGAGAAAAGAAAAUUUAUCAUCUGAAAGUUGGGAUAGUCUGAAUAACAGUAAAUCUCAGGAUAAAACACCUAUGAAUCUUCUCCUGAAAAAGAAGGAUUCCAAGCAUCAUUCUCCAGAUUUACCAGUGAAAGAAACAUGUUCCCUUAAUUUUGAUCUAAGUCUCCUCAUGAAUCCUCAGAGUAUGCAUAAAAAUAAAGCACCAGAAGAAGCAAAAGAAAAGUUACCACCUGCUAAUAAUUCUGAAAGAUGUCUUGUGGAUGUAGCUGUUGAUCAGAAGUUACAAAUUAAGGAGCCAGCCUCGCUGGAAGACACCAAUUUGGAAAAGAGCACUGGGAUGAUUAGCAACAAUCUGGAUAAACUGAAAAUAGAUAUUAAGCUUAAAGAUAUUCAUAUUGAAUUGAAAGAUAUAAAGCCGAGUUCUGUUGCUCCAGUAAUUGUUCUGGAGAAGAAUCAAGUACUUGUAACUUUACAUCAUGCUAAGGAUCGGCCAAAAGAUGAUGUGAAAGUCUUUGUUGUGACCACGGUUAAUAAAAACGACCAGCCACUCAGUAAUUAUCUGCUACAAGCUGUUGUUCCCAAGAACUGUAAAUUGAAAUUACAAACUCCUUCAGGGACUGAUCUUCCAUCUUUGAAUCCUUUUUUACCUCCUUCAGCUAUCACACAAAUAAUGCUGAUUGCCAAUCCUGAGGGCAAGGAAUUAAAUGUUAAAUUUGUAUUGAGUUACUCAAUGGAUGAUGAAACUAUAACUGAAAUGGGGGAAAUCACAAACUUAUGGGUUGAUUAAUGAAAUGGAAAAUUCGAAUUUUGAAUGUUAAAGUUUAUUUAAUUUUAAGUUCAAAUGAAAAAGAGCUUUGAAAUUCCACUUAUGAAUAUUGUGAUGCAGAUUUUUCCAUAAUAAUUUGAUCUGUCAUUUAUGAGUUUUUGUUUUUAUAUUUAUUAUUGUUAUGAUUUAUUGUUUUGUUAGAGGUUUUUACUACCAUCCUUAUCUUUGAUCUGAAAAUAAACUUAUCACUUGUUUUUUCGUUUUUACUAGUCAAGUAUCCAAAUGAAAUUGAAUUAUAUUUAAAGCACUGAUUUAUCAUUUGGUUUGUUGCCAAUGCUAGAAACUUUCAAUUGAAAUGUGAUACUUAAUAUCGAAAUGUAGGGAAAAUAAAACUGAAUAUUGAGUUAGUGAAAUUUGUAAGGUAUGGUAUAUUUUUGAACUGAGUCUAGUCCUUGAGCUUAUAUCUUUGAUUGCAUUUCCUUAUUUUUACAUUACACAUAUAUUAUAUUUGAUUGCAAUUAUAAAAUUUUAAUUAUAUUUAUAAAAGUACA